AUGGUGGCUGUGCAAAUUGUGUUUGCGGGCCUGGAUUUACUCGUAAAAGAUGUGCUCGACAAGGGAAUGAGCCCUUUCAUUUUAGUUACAUACCGGCAAUCUAUCGGCGCCAUCUUCAUAGGCCCCAUAGCUUAUCCUAUUGAAAGGAAAAAGAGGUCCAGAAACAAGAUCACUCUUAGCAUCUUUCGUCUCCUUUUCGUGAGUGGCAUAAUUGGGUCUGCAUUUAAUCAAAUUCUCUUCUUCGUUGGGCUUCAACACACAUCGGCAACCUACGCUUGUGCCUUCAUUGAUUUGGUGCCUGUAGUUACUUUCUUGCUGUCAUUACUGUUUAGGUUAGAAAGUAUUAACCUGAAAAGCAAAGUGGAUAUUGCAAAGGCCGUGGGCACGCAUGUGUGCGUGGCUGGUGCGACGCUAUUCAUGCUCUAUAGAGGCCGGAUCUUUACCUUGUGGCAUGGGAACAUGGGGCUACAAUACCACAACUACCAGCUCAGCAUGGUGCAGUCAGAGAACAGGACCCUAGGCUCCAUGGCUCUUGUCGGUGGCUGCAUAUGCUGGUUGGCAAGGUACAUCAUAGAGGCAAAGAUUGACACAAGAUACCCGCUUAAAUACACUACCAAUGCGUUCAUGUCCUUGUUUGGUGCGAUUCUAUCAGCUAUACUGACAUUAUCAGUUGAUAGAAAGCCUUCUUAUUGGGCUUUGAAAGGCCACAUGGAGCUCAUCACUAUUAUUUAUUCGGGAGUGGUUGCCUCGGGUCUAGGUUUCAUAUGGAUGGCAUGGUGCGUGGAGCAAAGGGGUCCGGUCGUUUCAGCAGCAUUCACCCCCCUUAUUCAACUCAUAGUUGCUGCUGUAGAUCUGCUAGGGCUUAGAAAGAAGCUGUAUCUAGGAAGUUUGCUUGGAUCGAUAUUGAUAGGUGGCGGGUUGUACUGUUUGUUGUGGGGGAUAAACAAGGAGAAGCAAGGCUGCUGCUGCAGCUUCUCUACCAAUAAUGUCCGAGCCGCCGCCGCCACCACCACCACCACCACUACCACCACAAAUGAGGAAAAUGCAUCCAAUGCCAUCUAAAUAGUUGGCAAAAUGCCUUGCUGUACUCUGUGAAUAAGCACAUUCUUCCUGCUCCAUUCUUUUCCUAACUCCAUGUUCUUUAAAUAUUUGUAUUCUACUUUCACUGCAUAGUUCUUGUCAUCCUUGUCCCA